AUGGAAACAAGCAAUUCCAUCUCCGCCACCAUAGAAGACCUUCCUGAGAGCAUCCUCCUCCACAUUCUCUCCUUCCUCCCGACCACCACCGCCGUCCAAACCUCAGCCGUAGCACCCAAAUGGCGCAACCUCUGGCACUCCAUUCCCGUCCUCCAUUUCAACAUCCGCAAGUUCCACUCUUGCGUCCCAGACAGAUCUGCGGCCGCUGCCCGCCAAUUUUUCGCUGAAUUGAUCAGUCAAACUCUCCUCCGCCGCCCCCGCCACUCUCCUCUCCGGAAAUUUCGGUUGAAGUUCGAUUACAGAAACUAUGAUUCCAUUAGAUCCUAUGUUAAUUCUUGGAUUCGCUAUGCCGUCAGUUCCAGAGCUGUUGAGCUUGACCUUACUUUUGGACUCUAUCUUUCUGUUAAAGCAGAAGAAGAUGAUGAUGGAGAAACUUCUGCUGAUUAUUGCUUUGAUUUUUCUGACCUGAUAAAUAGUUCAGUUAAAGUUUUAAAAUUGCGUGGUUGUAAAUUUAGCUUGCCUAGGAGUAGAGCAUUCCCUAUUAAAAUUGAAUCGCUUACAGCAUUAUACUUAUUUGGCUUUGAUUUUGGCUUUGUAUCAAUGGAUAUGGAUGUUUCGAAGUUGGUAUCUUUAUGCGUUAAUCUUGAGUUUUUGUGCAUUGAGGAUGUUUCGGGUUUGAACAAUCUGAAAAUAGUGUCUCCAAAGCUUAAGGAGUUGAAAUUAAGCAUCUCUAGGCAAACAACUCUUUGGGAUAAGUCCGUGGAGAUAUUUGCUCCAAGUUUGCAGUCGAUAAGCUUCAUUUGGUUUUACAUGGGGAAUUAUGUUCUGAAAGAUGUAUCAUCAUUGAUCGAAGCUCAUGUGGAGUUUGACAGCAGAGAGGAGUUGGAGGAUUUUGCCUGUUGGAGUAAUCUUGUGAGCUUACUCAGUGGUGUUGAGAAUCUGACUGUUCAAAAUAUGUGGAUGUCUAGGUUUACGCAAAUGGCGGAAUUGGCGAGCGAUAAUUUUGAAGAGGUUAACAAGAUGUUAGAAGUUCAAUUUGAUGCAGAAUCAGAAGAUAAUCAAGAAGAGUUGCAUGGAAAGCUUUUGGUCGAAGAGGAAAUUUUUUCUGAAACUUUUGCAUUCAACAAUCUCAGACACUUGGUACUAUUGACUGGGUAUACAGAAUAUGAUCUGCUUGGCUUAGAAGCUGUACUUAAAGCAUGUUCAAUGCUUGAGUCUAUGGUCCUUGAGUAUUCAUAUGAGACAGAUUUUGAUGAUAUUUUAGGAGAAGAAAUAAUGGAGAGACCAAUUGUUAUGCACAUGCCAAGCCUUAGGCUAGUGAAGAUGGAAAAAUACAGGGGAGUGAAAAAUGAAGUGUAUGUUGUUGGCCUUCUGAAAAAGUAUGGGUUGGUUUUAGAAAAAAUUGUAGCAUAUCCAGCCAAAGUAGGUGAAACAUUAUCACCUCCAUUUGUUCUUUGAUGACCAGCUUAAGAUCGUUUGAACUCUAGUAUCCUACCCUCAAGAGACAUGAGAAGUCAAUUCAGCACUCAAUUUGGGAAACUGAAAUGCUUAUGUAUGUGUAUGUUAUUGCUACCAUGUGCUACAUCAGUCUAGCCGUAAUGUUGAGUGCAAAAUCUAUAAAGCUAUUCUCUACAUUGUUGUUGCUGUUAUCGU